GUUAGCUCAGUCCGGGCGGCGGCUUCGGCGGCGCCUUGAGAGCGGGCAGCGGCGGAGAUUGAAGUGAGAUUCAGAUACAUAACUCAACCUUGUUAGAGGGCUUUUUAAAAAAUAAAGAGUUGAUUCCUGCAUGAGAGCAAGUUAUUGCUGCUUACCGUUCAGAGACUUACAGGUGCUUGCCUGCAUUGCAAUAAAGGACUCAUAUAUUGAGCAAGACUUAUAUUUAUCUCUUCGUUUUGGAGAGCCUAAUAAACUGUUAUUACAGUUUCUCUACUGACUUUCAAAAGUUUUGAAGUUUGAAAGAGACAUCUUUAAAAUUAAUACAGCAUGAGCACGGCCAGAACAGAGAACCCUGUUAUAAUGGGUCUGUCCAGUCAAAAUGGUCAGCUGAGGGGUCCUGUGAAGCCCAGUGGUGGCCCUGGAGGAGGGGGCACACAGACUCAGCAACAGAUGAACCAGCUGAAAAACACCAACGCAAUCAAUAAUGGCACUCAGCAGCAAGCACAGAGUAUGACCACCACUAUUAAACCUGGUGAUGACUGGAAAAAGACUUUAAAACUCCCUCCAAAGGAUCUAAGAAUCAAAACUUCGGAUGUGACCUCCACAAAAGGAAAUGAGUUUGAAGAUUACUGUUUGAAACGGGAGUUGCUGAUGGGAAUUUUUGAAAUGGGCUGGGAAAAGCCAUCUCCUAUUCAGGAGGAGAGCAUUCCCAUUGCUUUAUCUGGUAGGGAUAUUUUAGCUAGAGCAAAAAACGGAACAGGCAAGAGCGGUGCCUACCUCAUUCCCUUACUUGAACGGCUAGACCUGAAGAAGGACAAUAUACAAGCAAUGGUGAUUGUUCCCACUAGAGAACUUGCUCUACAGGUCAGUCAAAUUUGCAUCCAGGUCAGCAAACACAUGGGAGGGGCCAAAGUGAUGGCAACCACAGGAGGAACCAAUUUACGGGAUGACAUAAUGAGGCUUGAUGAUACAGUGCAUGUGGUGAUAGCUACCCCUGGAAGAAUCCUGGAUCUUAUCAAGAAAGGCGUAGCAAAAGUUGAUCAUGUCCAGAUGAUAGUAUUGGAUGAGGCAGAUAAGUUGCUGUCACAGGAUUUUGUGCAGAUAAUGGAGGAUAUUAUUCUCACGCUACCUAAAAACAGACAGAUUUUAUUAUAUUCUGCUACUUUCCCUCUUAGUGUACAGAAGUUCAUGAAUUCCCAUUUGCAGAAACCCUAUGAGAUUAACCUGAUGGAGGAACUAACUUUGAAGGGAGUAACCCAGUACUACGCAUAUGUAACUGAGCGCCAAAAAGUACACUGCCUCAACACACUUUUCUCCAGGCUUCAGAUAAACCAGUCGAUUAUUUUCUGUAACUCCUCUCAGAGAGUUGAAUUGCUAGCCAAGAAGAUUUCUCAACUGGGUUAUUCUUGCUUCUAUAUCCAUGCUAAAAUGAGGCAGGAACAUCGAAAUCGUGUGUUUCAUGAUUUUCGAAAUGGCUUAUGCCGCAAUCUUGUUUGCACUGAUUUGUUUACCCGAGGUAUUGAUAUACAAGCUGUGAAUGUGGUAAUAAACUUUGACUUCCCAAAGCUGGCAGAGACCUAUCUCCAUCGUAUUGGAAGAUCAGGUCGCUUUGGUCAUCUUGGCUUAGCCAUCAACUUGAUCACAUAUGAUGAUCGCUUCAACCUGAAAAGUAUUGAGGAGCAGCUGGGAACAGAAAUCAAACCUAUCCCGAGCAACAUUGACAAGAGCCUGUAUGUGGCAGAAUACCACAGCGAGCCUGUAGAAGAUGAGAAAGCUUAACAAGCAAGUGUGUACCUGACAAAACAGCCAAGCUUUGACGAACUAUGGAAGGCUCGUUUGGAUCUGUGACACAUCGAUUUUGGGGGGAAUGCUCUUCUCUUUGUGGGUUUUUCAUCUUCUUUUAUUUUGGAACUAUGAAGACUUGAGAGCUCAGACAUUUCUUUUUUUUAACUGGUGAAGAGAAAAGCUGAAAAGGAAUUUACCUUUUUUGUUCCACUUGUUUGCACUGUGUGCUGACUGAACAUUAGUUGCACUAACUGCUGGUUUUUAAAAAAUUUUUCUGGGGAAGGGGGGACAAAGAAGGAAGAGAAAGAAGGGGAGAAACCCUAAAAAGAGAAGAACCUUCAUCGAUGAACACAAGCUUGUCUACGAUUUCAGAAUUCUUCAACAGCUGACUCUUGAGUGCAUUUCAACUUCUCCCUGGUUACUCAUCCGUUUUUAAGCCUGAAGAGCUUAUUACUUAUUUGUGCGAAGUGCCUUAUGCUAUGAGACCAUUCAGAAUAUCAUCUUUUAGACACAGCCCAAGGAUUCAACAAUAGUAUUUUUUUUUCUUUUUUCUUUCUUUUAAAAAUUUUUGUCUUUUCAUUUUGGUUUCAAGUUGAAGUCUCUCUCUUCCCUUUCUACCCGAUACUCAAGCCCAGGGCUGGAAGAUGAAACGUAUUAGUAAUGUUAAACAUCAUUUUCUUUUUCUUUAUGUGGAGGAGUUGAUAUGCAACUGCAGUUCAUCCGCACUGUAAAUACAUGUAUUUAACAAAAAAAAACAAUCCCAAGUGAAAAUUUCUUCUGGGCUGAGUAGAUGCAACAUCAUCGCUCCCAAAGGAAAGAGCAGUCUAUCAUCGCAGGAGCCAUAUGACAAGCCUUUUGUGCUCUAUAGCAGAACACUAAAGACUGGUUUACAUACGCCUCCAUUAGCAGUUAUGGCACUUGAUGUGUAGACGUGUCAGAGCCUUUGACCCUCUUUCCUCUGUGGCAGAGUGUGUCCCAUAGAAAAUUGGGUGUGUAUACUUGUAUAAACUUUGUAAAUAGGUUUUUUUUCUGGGUUCAUAUAUAUAUAUAUACAUAUAUAUAUAUAUUUUUUUUUUGGAUGAAGGUUGCUGGGAUUAAGGGGAUUAGAGUGAUUAUGGGAGCAGCUAAAGAUGAGAGGGGCUCAGUUUUCCGCAACACUAAAUCUAAAAAGUAUUUUGGCUUCUUACUGUAGAGAGCAGACCUCUACAGGAAUCCUACAUUGGAAAAGAGACCCAGAAGUUGGGGAUUCACUGCUGCCACACUGUCUCAUAUAGUACCUUUGGAGUAGGCCUGACAGAGAGAGCAAGAAAGCUUCAGAAACCUAUAAUUCAAGAUGUUAUUUUUUUGAGACGUUCUCUCUGAUACUGUUCCCCGCCAGCCUUCUUUAAAAGUUUGAGAAACUUUUCAAGCUCUGCGAAAGGGGACAAAGAAUUUGCCUUGCACUGUGGGGAUAGGAUUGAGCGGCAGUGUCUUUGAGCAGUAUAUGUAUAAAGCAUGGAUUUGCAUUUCAGAAUAUUAGCCAGUACCAGCUUCGGUAAUUUUAGCAGUUCUGGGGCUUACUUUCUGUGGAUCACCUCCUGUACUUUUAUGUGUUGCCCUCUGCCCACCUUGAUACAUAAACUUGCAGGAACGGGCGACCCCUGAGAGCUGUUAACUUUCAUGCUACAGAAAGCUGCUUGCCAUCCUCUUGCUUUGUGACAAGAAUUAUCUGUCAUUUUGCAUUGUAAAUUGCUGGCAAAUGCUUUACAGUCAAUAGUGUUGCUUUAAAUUGUGCCCCUCCCAACAUGCUUGAUGUUUGGCCUGAUCUCCAGGCAAAAGGAGUGAGAUGAAUCAAUACCAGUGAACUUUUUUUUUAAUGUUUUUAAUUCCCUUUUAACCCAGUAUACUAGGUCAAUCAGGAGGCAUCUAGGAUUAAAAAAAAAAAAAAAGAAAAAAUUUAAAAAAAAAUUGGUUUCCAUUUGUCAUUGUCUUUUAAAACCCUAAAAUAUUCCAGGUAUGUCUUACAUAAACUUUCAUGCUUAACUCAUCUGGAUAAAGAAGUCAGUUAUUCGAAAUUGCUUUUUUGACUCUGCCUAGUUCUAAGCAAAAUUAUUUGUAAUUCCAAAAUUCCUUGAGGAUCAAAAUCCUGCAGAUGCCUCCUGAUAAGACAUAGCCCUGACUCCUUAAAAAUUGUAGCAAGAGCUGCACAGUACAAACCCAAAAAAGAAUAACUCAUUUAUCUGGUAUCCAAGCCACACUGUGUCUCCAGCCAAUGUAGGUUACUAAAUGCAAGGCCUAAUUAAGAAAGUAACCUUUUCCCAGGGAGGGGUGGGGGGAGGGAACUUAAAAGGCAUCAACUUUUGACCAAAAAAUCUUGCCCUUGUACUGAUGCAGCUCUCUUUCCCCCCCAUCUCUGGCGAGAUAAGAGGGAUCAUUCAUUAUAGAAGAAAAACAAGGAAAGUUCAUAAACGAUUCUGUGUCUCGCUAGAGAGAGUGGGUAACUAAACAGACAGCGCAGUCUUUCGCCAUCCUCAGACUGCGCUCUGCCUGGUGCCACGCGCCUGUGGGUCCCUCUAAAAGCACAGACUUUAAAUUGAAAGUUUUACUGAAGUACAGCCUCUGAUGAGGAGUGGCACUUAAAACUAUCUGGGACACCACUAUUGGACACAGUCUUACACAGGCAGCUGUCCAGUUUUGGUGCUUGACUCUUGAAUAGGAAUUGUUAAAUGGAAAGAUGCUCUACGAACUAGGUCAAAGCCUAGUCUUUUUUUUUUUUUUCCUUCAAUUCCCCCUUAAAAUAAGGAGCAUUGUUACUAUUAGUUGAUUUUAUUAGUAUUGGGUGUUCAAGUAAUGGUAAUAUUUUUCCAGUGGUUCAUUUGGAUAAAAACUACUCCCCUUAUUUUUAAUAUUUAAAUUACAAUCAGCUCCUGGUUUAACCAGUGGUUUAUAUAGUUGUGUAAUGAGUUAUGGACUGUUACACAGCUUGCUGUCUCUCUCUCCCUUACAUUCCAAUGGAGAAACUUUGCCUUUUCCCUUAGGAAUGGAAUGGAAUAAAUUUAUUCUAAAAUGAUCUUCCAUGGGAAUAAGUAAGGGGGAGAGAAACCUAAAUAUAAUCUCAAUUAUUUUCAAGUUGGUCCCAGCAUCAUAAUAUAGGUUGGCCCCAAGGGGCGGGGGGAGGGGGGAGGCAAUUGGUUAUCAAUAUUUGUUUUCAGAAUGAGAUGGGAGCAUCUUUCCUUUGCCUUGUGCUUUGUGUUUGAUACCAUCAUGCUUGGAUUAGAACCAGACAACUCAGCACAAAGCCUUGAGUGUACAUUGUUGGAACCAAAACAUCUCAUUCUGAUCACUUGGUUUAAUUUUUUUCUUUUUUAUUUUUUAAUAGGGUGGGAGGGAGGUUACUUUGCCCCAAAAGGGAGGGUAUCUGCACUAAGGAUUUAGAAACACUUUGGAAGCUCAUGACCUCAUCAGAAACUGCCUUUAGUCACACUCCUGACCUUACAGAUGAGUAACAAAAAGAUGAAAUAAAUUCUUGGGUAUUAAGCCAUGUUGUUUUUAUUUGCUACUUUUCCCAGCAUUCUGUGUAUCUUAAGCUGUUGUGGAAUCAUUUUUCUGCCAAAAUACCUUUGUCAAGCCAAAAGUUUUUGGCCUCAUGGGAGCUGAUGUAGUCAACUUCUUGGUGAACUUUAGUGGAAGUAGUUGUACUUCAUACCUUUAGUUUUUUGGGUUUUGUUUUGUUUUUUAACUUCCAAAGAAAACCCACUUCUUUCUGAUCUAAAAACUCAUCUUUGGGGUAAAGAGUUAAGUGUCCAAAGGUUCAUGAGGUCAGAGGGAGCUAGCCUGGCACCUGGACUGUGCCCCUCCAUAGCUGACAGAUUCCAACAGAAGUGUAUUUAAAUUCUCCAGUAGACAGUACUGGGCAGGGCAAGGGAGGGGGUAGGGUUGGGCUAUUAAGAUACAGUCUACUGUAUUUUAACCAGUGGUUGUUGGGGAGGGGUGCUUGGAGAAAACAAAGUCACUAUUCCCUUUUUUGAAACAAGAUUAAAAUGAAGAAAAGUUAUUUUUUGUUUAGUAAAAACAGGAUAGAAUUCCAGUGUCCCUAGCCACAAGGGACCAGUUCCACUGAAAAGUGAACAGUGGGGACUCAAUUUUGAAAACAUCUGGGGAAUGGGAAAAUUGGCUUUCUGUUAAUUGGCAAAUGUUCCAGUAGGGCUGUGUUUUUGUUGGAAUGUCUUAUGUUUUAUGUACACAUAUAUUGACCAGAGUCUCUGCUGAAUUUAAAAGAAAAGAUGGUGGAUAAAAUCUUGAUUUGUUAAUUUAUCUCAAUAAAAGCCCACUGG